ACGUCCCGUGCCAGACAUCAGACCAUAUACAAUAAAUAUAUAGUUACAUGUGUUCUGUUUGAGCCACAUAUAUUAGCCAGACGUCAAGAUGAAUACAUUGAACAUUUUGGUUGUUUUUGGUACCUUGUCUACCAUAAGUGCAAUUCACACGUUCAAAGAUUGUGGCUCAACAUCAGGACAUAUUACCUCAAUAACUGUAAAUCCCUGUCCGUCCGAGCCAUGCGCCUUGGUCCGUGGAACCAAUGUGUCAGUAGAGGUGGACUUCGUAUCAAAUGUACACACAAAUAAAGUGACAACGUCAGUUCAUGGAAUCAUUGCCGGAAUUCCUGUGCCAUUCAUGUCGACGCACAGCUGCACAAGCAACAAUGUGCACUGUCCAAUUAGCCCCGGAGUAAAUAAUGUAUAUACAAACUACAUCCCUGUACUACAAAUAUACCCAGAGAUAUCACUUCUGGUGAAAUGGGAGUUAAUAGACGAGCAGGGAAACGACUUGGCCUGCUUCGUAAUGCCAGCAUCUAUACUUGACCCUUCUCAUGCUGUCGUUGGCUGAACAUUAUCAAUCGGAUACAUAUGCAGGUGUUAAAGGAUUAAAGGAGAUGUACAGUGAUGACACAGACUGAGGAACGACUAUAAUAUUUUGAGGAGUAUUUUUUGUUAAUUACAGCUGAUUAAUAAAUGUAUUUUAUGAUAGAAA